CAACGGAGAUAUAAAAAAAUGUUGUAGCUUGACCUGUAACGAUUAGAAGCUUAUUUACUUAUGCGUGUCAUAAAAUGCUCCAGUUUCUACCCAUGCGGUCCCUCCCCAAGUUUAUAUGGUUUAAUGUGACUUGUUAGUUGCCGUUGUACCCAAAACCAAGGGCUUCUUUCGUUCGUGAGCGCAUCGUCUGUCGGUCGUCGUAGGGUGUUCUCCGUCGAUCCGUAUAAUUUUGAUUUUGCAGGCAAUGCAUGAUAGCGUUGCUCUUAAUGGCGGCACACAAGAAGAGAAGUCACAGAAAUUUAUCCAUACGAUAGACCCUGAUGAUCCAGAGUACCAACAGAAUCUUAUGCGACCAGCUUCUAUAAAGGAGGAUGUCUGUCUCAUGCACCAGAAGCAGCGUGUAUCACUCGUCCUCAAAUCGGACGCUUUUCGACGUGAACUAGAAGAAAUCGUGCGCUCGCAGUCAAGAUCUGCUGAAUAUCCUGGUUUGAACACCAGCCUACUUUCGUUGCAGCACGUUUCAGAUAUAUUUUCUUCUGUCCCCGCUGGUCAGUUAACAACUGAUGUAGGACUAAGCAAGGGGCAACCUAACGGCAUUAUACCCAUCAAUGAUCUGCGAGGUAUCGACGCAACCUUCUACUCUCGAAGGGAGCGUGCGCUGCGAUGCAAACUAGCCUCUGUUUACAGGUUGAUUGAUUUAUUUGGUUGGAAUACAAGCAUCCACAACCACGUUACGGCUCGUAUAAGUUCAAGGAAUGAACAUUUUCUUAUUAACCCUUUCGGGCUACUGUACCACGAAAUAACUGCGUCAUCCUUAAUCAAAGUAGAUGCAAAAGGGCAUGUGCUUGAUCCAGGUUCAACCGUUCUGGGCCUGAGUACAUCCACCUGGAUGCUACACUCAGCCGUUCAUCUAGCUCGGGCAGACAUUCGCUGCAUCGUUCACGUUGAUACACCAGCCACAGUAGCAGUUUCCUGUAUGAAGUCUGGUCUGCUACCGCUCUGUCAGGAAGCCAUGAUCCUUGGAGAUAUCGCGUACUACGCUCCUCCCAAUUCUGUUACCUUAAUCAACGGUGAUCGGCCCCCUGCUGUCGAUCAUGACAGACUCAAGGAUUGGACCCAGGAGAGGACAGUCCUUGUGGAAGCUUUGGGACCCACUGCUCGAGUGCUUUUCCUUUGGAGCCGUGGUCUUCUCGCGUUGGGUGAAACCAUAGAAGAAGCAUGGCAUUACGCUACGAAUUCAGUCGUUGCAUGUGACACGCAGCUUCUCUUGGCCUCCCUCGGAGUCGAUAACCUUUUUCUGCCAACGGACAAACUUAGACAGAAAACUUUCGAGAGCUGGCGCACCGCUGACUUGGGAGGACUAAGUGGUCCCGAAGCCGCCUUAGCCGCAAGGCUAGCGUCGCUCAGUAGGUCGUCGACCGCCGAACGAGGUGGUCAUUCUGCAUCCAAUGGCACGGUCGCCGACGGGGACAAUGCACUUGUGACUCAAUCACGACCAUGGCGACUUGGUGAACUAGAAUUCGAAGCAAUGAUGCGUCAUUUGGACAACGCCGGUUGUCGGACUGGAUACUUAUAUCGUCAGGAGGCCCUUUCAAGCCCAACUGGUGCGAGACGUGCGAGAACACUUGAUGGAAAAGGUUGUAUCAGUCAGGAUGAUGGUAUUAGAAUCCCUCCUACAGCCUCAUCACUCACUGCAACGAUGGCUUUCUUCCACGACGACGGUGUUCUCUCAGGAGAGGAAACCGACACACAUCGUCCCUUGUCUUGCGGGCGCGAAUACCGGCAGAAAAGCUGGCUGAACACCCCCAAUAAAUAUGUGAAAGAGUUAAUCAGGCCUUCUCCGGAUCACCAACCGGUUUCACAUUGGAUUUCGGAGCGAGAGGAUAACAUUCGAAAGGCUAUCUUGAAUGGAGCUUUACCACCACCUGCACCUUUUCACCCGCUCACUCCCGCAGCGAUUUCACUUGGCAGCACCGGAGGUAGACCCACGGGGACUUCUGCUUACAGCUCCUUCACUCUUCCCGGGUCUAAUCCCAGAGAGUAUCGGGACCAACAGCGUAAAGUGAAGGCAAAGUAUUACCGUGAUACCAAUACUGCUGGCCCACAGUCGCGACUCCUAGAUGGCCUUACUUGGGACGAAGCACGCCGAGUUCGAGACGAAGGUCUGACUAGAGUUCUUGGGUCGAAGGCUGCCGCACUCGUUACUCGCGGCGUCACAAGUGUUCCGGUUGCUGCUGCCAGUAAAGCUAUCAUCCAGCGGGACGUCCGAGAUGUGGCCGUUAUUUACGACGCCUUGUACUCACAUCAGAAUCCUUUCGAGAGCAUUACGGAUGAGGAACUGGAGCUGUAUAGGCGAGAAGUUGAGUUAAAGAACAAUCCCUAUUUGUCCGCUGAAUUCGAACGCCGUGGCCUUGCGCUCGCAGACACUGGACCUCUCCAUUCUCCGACUACCGCUGAUUCGCUCGCUGUGGACAGUGGUGCAACCGAUUUAGAAAGUGCUAGUGACACCGGACCAACUCACCUCAGCCUUCCGGCCGCUACGAGUACCUUGACUUCUGAACCUAGUGGAACCGACGAUUUGGGCGAACCUGGGGAACAGCGUAAAAAGUCAAAGAAGCGUUUCAUGCUCUUCUCGCUGUCUCGCUCGAAGCGUAAGGGCAAGAAGAGUAGUUCGUGAGCGAAAACCGCUGGAAUGCUCCAAUUGCUGCGCAGCAUUGUACUGGAAUUUCAACUCGAUUCUCCCGUGAUCGUGCUUCUCGGAUUCUUUUGCGGCGGUAACUGGCUGUGUCCUUGGCUAUCUGCAAUCGCCCCUUUGCCAGCGGUUUUUCAGUCCUGUCUAAUAUUUUUUGCUUGUAAACCGCUUUCAUUUGCAGCCUGUUCCUCCUUAUUGCUUAUCUGCCGCCCACUCAUUGCCUUUUGUCAAAUGCUUGUUGCUUAAAGAGGCGUUUGUAAACCCACUGCUUUCCACCACAUCCUUUUUUUGAUUCACUAUUCAUGCCUCCCCCGGUUUCAUACUACUUCUGUCUGACCACCAAUUUCAUGCCCCCAGGUAGACAACUACUUGUCGCUAAUACCGAGGCUUCUUCCCCUUCUGCGUCGAAUGAACUUUGACAGCUGAUAGUAUUUCAUGCGUGUCCAGUAUCCCCGUAUUAUGUGUAUUUUCUUCCGUUCACUUUCGUUUCACCUCCGUGUCCAAAGUGUAUUGCGUUACCUGUUAUUUUUCUUUCCCAUACCUCGGCGCCCGAACUACUUUUAUUCUUCAGUUCUCCCCAGUGAUUCUUCCACUCCAAUCUCGUUUUGUUUUAUCACCCUGUUUAACCGGAGCCGCGCUUUUGUGUUUCUCUUCCGGUCGCGGUCUGAGUUCAUUUGCGAUUUAUUGGUUUUUCCGUGUCAUGCUUCCCACAUACGCCUGUCAGAUCAGGAUAGGAUUUUACAACUGCGGCACCGUAAUACCUUUUUUACUGGUCAUCAUUACCUAAGCAGACGUCUCCUAAAUAUUUCCCUUUCCAUCCUUCAAAAUCUACCUACUGCUGCAUUUUUCGAUUUAUCAAUCUGACUUGCAAUUUGUUAGCGUUCUACUUCAGAUCACCUCCACUUGAACAACACAUGUUGCCUACAAUUGUCUCAGUGUUUUAAGCUUUUCGAACGA